AUGUCCUGGUACCCCCGUCCGUGGGUGAAGGGGUUGCGGGAUUACAAAACGAUCGACUACAAGUCAGUAUCCACAUACUUCAGCCCCGCGGAUAUCGAAGUGGAUGUGGCUGAGUAGCCUUUCCUGGCCACUGAAGACAAGAGUGGCAUUGGCAAGGUCAUGGCCAAAGAUAUUGCUCCACCAGGUGGCACGGUUCACAUGGUUUGUGGAAACAGGGACGGGGACCAGGAAGCCAAAGAAGAAAUCCUGACAGAAAUAGGUAAUCAGAAUAUCUCCUUGCAUAUUUUGGAUAUAUCUAAUCCCAAGCAAAUCCGGAAGUUUGCUGAAAAAUUCAAGAGUGAGCAUAAAUUACAUGUUUGGGAGAAAAAAAUAAUAAAAAAGUCCUUACUGUUUGAGCCAGAAGAGGGCAAGAGGAGAAGAAAACUUUUUCAGAAAGAAAAGUUAAUGCUCGUGUUUGUCUUUCCUGUGGGUACGUGCGUUCUGGCGACUGCCCUGCUGCCUCUCCUGGAAAAAGCAGCUGAUCCCAGAGGGUCACUCUGUGAUGCUGCUGCCAAGUGCAGCUCUGUGAGAGCUUCCGCGCCGGGUUUCCGCGGGGAGGUGAAGCGCUCGCUGCGCACGGCGGCGCAGGGAGCCGACGCUGCCGUGGGGUUGGGAGCCUCCCCCCGAGACGAGUUGCAGAGCUGCUUGUUCUUCCAAGACAGACAAGCAGUUGCUGCACACUUAGCCCUAGCAAGAACCCACAGUCCGCCAGAGGAUGAGGAGAAGCUAACAGAGAUCCUGGAAGAAUCCCAGAACUUUAAAUCCACUUCUCCAGGAACUUAGUGUCACUGCUAGCACAGCGUAACCACAAAGCUUCUAACUACCCAGCGGGAG